CUAAGUCCCUAUACUGACCAAUCAUUGAGUGCCGUUGAGCAAGUUGAGGAGCUCAAUCAACCAAUCAUUGAGCGCCGUUGAGCAGGCUGCUUCCUCAACCCACCAAUCAGAUGGCCUCAUUGACUGACCGUGUCAAAUGCAUAAUCGGAGUGACAAGAGUAAACAAUCGCUGCUAUCAUCAGUGGACUGAGAUCGGUGACAGCAAACAAGAGAUAAAAAGCAUGGAUUUGGCGGGACACAAGUGCAGUGUAUGUGACAGGAGUUUCUCAGUGAAGUCCAACCUGACUCGGCACAUGCAGCUUCAUGGUCCGAAGGAACAUGUGUGUGAAGUGUGUGGGAAAAGCUUCUCACUGAAACAGCAGCUGAGCAGCCACCAAAAACAGCACCUGUAUCCAUGCAUCCGUCUGUACAGGCAGGGAGAGGCCAAGCUGCAGUGUACGGAUGCAGCUAAGAGUGUGGCAAUGGGCCCCAGCAAAGCAGUAGACCCCAGCUGUCUGGAUUCAGAAAAGGCGGAGGCUGCUGCAAAGAAAUCUGGAGGGGAAAUGUGGAAAGGCCAGCUAGUUGUCACAUUCGGCAAAUAUGCAGGCCAGUCUUUCAGGUGGCUGCUUGAAAAUGAUGUGGGCUGGGUCAUAUGGCUGCUGUCUGAAUAUUGUCAGAAGGGUGAGAAGAACGAUCUCCUAAAGUGGCAAAAGGAGCGAUUGCUGCAGUAUGCCAGAGAGUUUCCGCCUGUCACCUUCCAUCUUGACAAACGCAUGGAGGAGUCAAGGAAAGACAAAGGAAAGAAGGCUGAAUCUACCCUUUCUAAGUUCCAGCAGGAUCCUGACUAUGCCAGUGAUGCUGAAUUGUUGGCAGCUGCUGAGACUGUCCUUGAAGAGUCUGAGGUAGCGGUCUCCACACAGCUGACCACCUGGGGAGAGCUCACACCGGCCGUGAGUCAGGACUCUUCCCACGGCCUCAGCGCAUCUCAGGGAAGAGCUUCUUCCCCUGUAGACACCUCUGCCUCUGGCUUCUUGCUGGAGGGCUGGCAGAAAUACUGGGAGCAUCCACCUCCAUCUACACAAGCCAAUGGUAUAGCUCCUCCUAACAUCAAGUGGCUGAAAUAUGAUGAGAUGUAUGGUCUGUUUGAGAGACCUUCCAAGUACAAAAAUGCCAAAGGAGAGAUUGUGGAGAGAAGGCUUUUAAAGGAGAAGAUGGAGUUCCACCCACCCCCAAUUCCUACUUCUGUCAAGGGAGGACUGCCCAACAUGAUGGCCUUUUUCACCACCCCUGUCUUCUUCUGGCGCCCAGUUGGUGUGAUGCAAGCCAAGAUCCGCUGCCCUAGCUCCAACUGCCCUGCACCACCAGGUGAAUACCUUGAGAAGAAAGGUUUUGGUAGUUAUGCCAGGCAAGUGUGUGGGAUGAAGUACAAUUACACCUUGUUGACAGAGAAGCUGAAGUGUUCACAUUGUGAAAAGAUGAGGCGGGCAGUGAGUAAGACACAUAAUGACGCAGACAGUGAAGAUGAGGACAGUCAUCAUGUUCAACAGUACAUUUGGCUGGCACACAGUCCCAAGAUCCUGAUGAACUUGGCCCCUGCCAUCAGAAGCAUGUUUCCUGCCAUACUGUGUGGGAAGCGUGCCAUUGACAAAGGUGUGGUUACUCUUCUGAAUGACAGGGUCAACAGUGUGUCCAUGAACAAAGUCCAGAGACUGCUGCAGCAGGGACAUGAUGAGUGGUACGUGGAGCGCCGUGACCUGUACCAGACUCUCCUGUACGAAGCCCACACAGCUGGAUCUGCAUCGUCUCAGAAGAGCAUCCUGUCCUUUGUCAAAGCUGCUGGUACUUACACCCCUCCUCUGCCCCGGACUCCCCUUCCUUCUGCCCGUGUGCUGAGGCGUGCACACAUGAUCAUGGAGAUGGAGAAGAUGCCUGUGUACAGAGCCUCAAUCCUCAGUGUGACUGGAGAAAUCCUCUGCAUUGAUGGUACAAAAAAGGUCCUUAAGAAGAUAUAUGGUGAUGGCCAGGGCACCAUGCAGUAUGUCACCAGUGUGCUGAACGAGUGGGGUCAGUUCUUGACCACGGUGGUGGUGGCAGCUGAGUCUGAGGGGUGCUACAGACGUAUGGCCAAAGGUCUGAUGGCCCGCUUUGAACGAGCUAGGGCUCCUGCACCAACUGCCAUAUAUGCAGACAACAACUGUUGUCGUGACAGUGGUUCGUCCUUCCUGGAGAAUCUGUUCGGGGGCUGGGUGCAGAAGGGCACUGUGGUCAGACUGGACAUCCGACACUGGCUGCACCGCUGGGAUGCUGUUGUCAUCAAACAGAGCCAUGCCAAGUAUGGGGUGUUCAUGAGUGCCCUGGCAGGUGCAGUGCUGGCCUACAACAAGGACGAUAUGAUGCUCCUAAUCCAGGCAGUCAGGAAGGGCAACCAGGAGUUGUACGCCAGUCUUUCAGAUGAGGACAUGAUAGCCUUCCUCAAACCUCACCAGAUCAGGUCCUAUGUCAGACGGAUCACCCGUGGGGUUGAGGAGACAGCUUCAGCAAUUGACUCCAUCAUUACGGAGUUCAAGGGACCUGCAGGCCUUGACAUUGAUGGAAUCCACCUUUUCAAAUCAGCACAGGCAGUGGAUUCUCACUGGGCAACUGCAAGCAAGCAUCUUAGUUGUAUGCAGGACCCCCCUGGCAUACAGCUGUAUGUGUCAGUGAAGGUGGUGGUGCUGAAUGGUGUCCGCCUGAACAAGUACAGGUGUCGGCGAGGCAGUAACUCCUUGGAGGGCUUGCACUCACACCUGUACAAUGCCAUUCCCUCACAGAGAUGUGGAGUUAUCCCAUUCCAAGUGUAUCUGAUUGCAUUUGCUGUGCAGUGGAACAGCCGCAUGGAAUCACUCCGGGUUGCUGGUGGUCAUGGCAGGCAGACGUGGUGUAUGGACCCGCGGCAGAUUCAGCGUCUGAAUCAGCAGGCUGAGGUGCUCUUCGGUAAAGAGCAUGUCCUCGAGCCCAACUUUGCCGCUCCAAUGCCCUACCCUGCUGUAUACAAGGACCCAGACGAGGAGGAGCUGCUUGGAGUAGAGUAUGCCAUGUGCCAGUCAACCAGCUUCACUGCAAGGGAUUACUAUGCCCAGCAAGUUGAGGAAGAGCAGUCCCGUGAAGAAGAGGAGACGGCUGAACAAAGUGAGGACAAGCUGGCAGAUGAGGGUGUGGACGUGGGUGCAGAGUCAGAGGAUGAUCCUAUGGACACUGUCAGUGACAAACAUGUCAUCCUCACUCAAUUAGAACAGGUGGAGGAGGAGGACAGUCCUGCUCUGCAGGAUGUGCUCAUGACCAAGAGCCAUCUGCAUCUUCCUGGGCUGGAGGAAGUGGAAGCCUUGGCCCUGCUCCUUUUAGAACUGGCAGACAACAGUGACCGUCACCUAGUGCCAGCUGACCUAAGGCUGAAGAUUGGCACUGCAGUUGGUGCUCUGCAUGAGCAUGACAGGUCUGCAGCCAACUUUGUAAAAAGGUAUGAGUCUAGGUGGGGUUACACCCUGUUUGGCAGAUGCUUGGGAGCUGACACACCUGAGAACAGAGCAGCACAGAAGACAAAGUUUUCCUGGAUGAGGUACCCUCAGGCAGCCCAGGUGACUGAGGAUAGUCGUCUGUUGUACCUCAUUAUUAAGAUGCUGAAAAACCGGCCAACCAGCCAGUCGUCUCACCUCCCCCACUAA